GCACAGGAGAAGUGCAGUGGAAGACUGACACACUCAUGGAGUCAUUUGUAUAAAGUUGUGAGUUCCUUGCUGGACUCACUUGUAACUCAAAUCUUUCUGUUCUCCACCACACUCGGUCCUUUGUCGGCCUCUGGUAUUGUGGCUCAGUUAAGCUAUAACUGCAGGGAUUAAAUGGAAGCACAUGAUGAUUCAGCCCCGUGAUUUCUGAGGGAGCAGGGUCAUGGACUCAGCCAUUUCCUUUCUUUUCUAUUCUCCUUUCCCCUGCUGACACCAUAGCCCACUUCUCUCCGCUCUUUCUCUACCUCCGGUCUGUGAUGGCUUCCCCCCGGCUGGAGACCUUCUGCUGCCCGAACCGGGACGCUGCGACGGAUUUUGUGGUCACCUUCCAGCCGGUGCUGUUCGGGGCUCUGAGUCUGGGCAGCGCCGCUUUCAGCCUCCUGUUCGCCGUGCUCCAAAUUCUGCCAAAGCGCAAAGGCUACAGAAGACUGGGACAGUAUCCUCUGCCAAGGCCCGCGUCCUCCUCGCGGAUAUUGUUCAUCAUCAGUGUGUGUGACAUCCUGGGAUGCACAGGUAUCAUCCUGAGGUCGUCGCUGUGGCUGGGCCUUCCCAACAUCAUGGACCAGAUCUCAGUGGUCAACAACACUGACGUCUGGCCUGAAGUCUUCUGCGUGGGCAGCGCAAUGUGGAUCCAGUUGUUUUUCAGCGCCUCUUUUUGGUGGACCUUCUGCUACGCUGUUGACGUUUUCCUGGUGGUGAAAACAUCGGCAGGAAUCAGCACCAUUAUCCUCUACCACAUGAUUACAUGGGGUCUGGCUGUGCUGCUGUGUGUCGAAGGAGUGGCCAUGCUCUACUACCCAUCCAUCUCUGAUUGCGAGCAAGGCCUGCAGCAUGCCAUCCCUCAUUACGUCACCACGUACGCACCCAUGCUGCUCGUCCUCGCAGCCAACCCCAUCUUCUUCAACAGGACCAUAUCUGCAGUGACAUCUUUACUGAAAGGACGACAGGGAAUCUACACAGAAAACGAGAGGCGGCUGGCCAAUGAGAUAAAAAUACGCUUCUUCAAGAUGAUGCUGGUGUUCUUUAUAUGCUGGGUUCCCAACAUCAUCAACGAGAGCCUCCUCUUCUACCUGGAGAUGCAGACGGACAUCAACGACAACAGUCUCAGGAAUGUUCGAAACGCAGCCCUCAUCACAUGGUUCAUUAUGGGAAUCCUGAACCCCAUGCAGGCCUUCAUCAACACCCUGGCCUUCCACGGCUGGACAGGCUUCGACAUCGACUUCAGUCUGCAGCGGAGGAGGGAGCUGGCCUGGGACUCGCUCUCCACUUCGGUGCCCAACACCCCCAGCCACAACCCCAUGGUGGGAACUACCCUUCUCUACCAGAGCCACAUCCAGGAGGCCAAGAAGAGCAUGGCAGGCAAUGGGCAGCACCAGUCCGACGCCAUCAGUGUCCUCUCAGAAGGUUCAGAGUCUAGUACAGUUGAAAUCCACAUUUCCAGCGAGCUACGAGACUAUGAGGAUAUAGACGCUGAUGGAGAAUCUUUGGAGAACUCUGUGAGGGACUAGCUCGGGUCCACAUCAAACAACACCUCCCUCUGCUUUUGUGGAUGUGAUGCUGCUCUUCUAGUUCACAUUCAUGUGUUAGAUGUUCUUCCUCCCUUAGCCAAUACCGUGCUCUUCCGGAUUCUCCCAGAUAUCAACUGCUCACCAGACGAUGGUUUGACAGAAUGAGUCUAAAUCUUAAUUCCAAGGCUUUUUAUUUCUCUCUAAGCUUUUAUAAGUCUGUCGUAGCGUUACUUCAUAGACUUGUAGACUGUGCAGCCCCAAAGCCGCAGCACAGUCUCAUGUAGAACAGAACAACCGUGACAUUUUCUCAAUGCUACCACACAGGCGUGUUUUAAAAAGAAUAUUUCUCCUGAUUGAUUCUCCGAUUUAGACGCACACUGGGUUUUGUGCAGAGGUAUAGCAAAAGUACUCACAUCCUAUACUUAAGUAAAAGUGUAGAUACUUGUGUAAAUACACUGGUAAAAGUGUACUGAUUCAACUCAACGAUGCCUCUUUUGAUAACUCUGCAAAAUGAUAAAAGUUGUAGGCAAACAAAAUAGGACAGUCGUCCUCUUGUUUACAAACGGCACAGAGCUGGUGCAGAGGAAAGUGGACACAGUCUAGUUUUGCUGCCAAAUUUCAGACAGAAUAACAAACAGUGAACUGAACGGAUGUCCUACAUGAGCACCUGUGCUUGCGUUGAUUAAGUCCCUGUCCUCUGUACACACUGCCUGUCGCUACUAACGAUUGGAUGGUUAAAUGAGGUCCUCAGAUCAUGGCUAUGGUGGAGCACCGAGAACACAAUCACAAUUUGUGAUAUGCACUCUUUGUCUUUACACUUCUAGGGCAAAACAGAAUGUAUUUAGUGUCGUAUUUAAACAAGUUACUGUAUUUUCCAACUAUCCAUCUUGUAUUUUUGCACACAUUUAUUUUAUACUAUAUUAA